UAGACUAAAAAGAGAGUUUAUGAAUAGAACCUUUAAGAAAACAUCAAGAAGAGAAGUAUGUGGUGGUAUCUUUGACGAACAAUCAUUUGACGAUUCUUAGAGUUAAAGUCACUCAAAUUUCCAAUUUUCUUCCAAUCUCUUCUUUGGGUUCCUGUUAAUAUUCGCCUCCGUCGUCAAGUUUUCUUCUCCGAUUCUUUUCAUUUUACGGUCUGAAUCGUCAUUAGCCCAAAAUUCCCGUGCUUUCAUUCUUCUAGAUGCAUCUCUUUCAAAAGGAUUACAAAAAUCAACGACUGGAAUUCAUGGUCAAAUUUGUGUCGGAUACUGGAAUUUGUGGCUGCAUUUUUUCAAUAGAAGAGGUUGUAUUUUGACUUUUUCAGGUUGGGAUUUGGGAUAAAUUUUUGGGAGAACGUUGAAGGCUGGAUUGUGAUUUGUAAGAGAUGAAAAAUGAAGUUUGGAGAUGGGGAAUCGGUUUGUUUUAUAUAUUUUUGGUUGCAACCAUAUGGAUAGCUGCUAGUUUUGUGGUUCAAUCUGUUGUUGAUGAAGGUGUUUCACCAUUUCUUGUUACAUACAUCUGCAAUUCAUUGUUUGUUAUUUACAUCCCAAUUGUUGAAAUUGCACGUUUCUUGGAGGAUAAGUAUGAAAAGUUGUUGUUUUGGAAAAACAAAAAAUUGGAUUCAUUACAAGAAUUGAGGGAUGAACCAGAGCAGGCCAUACUUCUUGGAGAAACCAAUCUUGUUACAAAUGUUGAUCAUUACAGUACUUCCAUGCAUAUGGAAGAUGGAAAACCAAUUUUGAAAGGAGAAAGUAGAUUUUUAGAAACAGGAUGCUCAUCUUAUGACAAACAAGUGGAUGAAAAAGGGCGUUGGACACGCAUUAGAGUGGCGAAAGUUAGCUUAUUGAUAUGCCCUUUUUGGUUUCUUGCUCAGCUUACUUUUAAUCUAUCAUUGAAGUAUACCACUGUUACAUCAAAUACUAUCUUAAGCAGUAGUUCCAGCCUCUUUACAUUUUUGGUUUCUCUGGCAUUUUUGGGUGAGAAGUUUACAUGGGUGAAACUUGCUAGUGUUCUCCUUUGUAUGGGGGGCACAAUAAUUGUCAGCCUGGGGGAUUUGCAAUCUGAAACGACGUUGAAGACUGCUUCAAAUCCUCUACUUGGUGAUGUUCUUUCCCUUGUCUCAGCAGGCUUAUAUGCUGUAUACAUUACCCUUAUUCGCAAGAAACUGCCUGAGGAUGAUGAGACGAAUGGAAAAGCUAGCAUGGCACAAUUUCUUGGAUUCCUUGGGCUUUUCAACCUUUUUAUUUUUCUUCCAGUUGCCCUUAUAAUCAAAUUCACCAAUAUGGAACCAUUUCGCUUGCGGACUUGGAAGGAAGUCGGUAUGGUUGUUGCUAAAGGACUGUUGGAUAAUGUGCUGAGUGAUUACUUGUGGGCUAAAGCCGUUCUUCUAACCACAACUACGGUAGCAACAGCUGGUCUUACAAUUCAAGUUCCAUUGGCUGCCAUUGUUGAUUCGAUAACAGGCAAUGCUCCACAUCUCAUGGAUUAUCUUGGGGCUGUGGCUGUCAUGAUCGGUUUUGUUGGCAUCAACAUUCCAUCUGAUGUAUUUAGCUUUUCUAAAGACGGCUCUAUUGAAUUGCCUAGUGAGGAUGUAAUUUCUGAUGAUCAUAAUCACACAACAUCAAUUAGGCAAGAUCCAGCUACAGCUAGCGUUUCAUAGUAUGCAAAAGCUGUUAUGUAGUUGCCAUUUUACACCUGCAGGUUGAGAUUAAAUGUGCAAAAACGCACCAUGCACGAAUAGAAGAAUGUCGAAUGGUUUUCUUAAACGAAUGACAUUCUCUUUACUGAUUCAGAAUUAUGAUAUACCAGCCUAGCCUAUAUCAUACAUACUCAAAAGGGUUUUCAACUUUUCAGCACAUACAUGAUACAUACAUGAUGUGUCAAGUAAGAGUUUGUGGUCUCGGAAAGAAAUCAGCUAAUUGUAUUAUGGGUUAACUAGCAGUUUGUUUUUGAUAUAGUUGUUCUUAUUACCCAUUUGCUUUGAUUUUGGCACUUGUCUUUGUAUGUCCACCCGUUUGGUUGAUUUAUCUUCUCUAGGUUGCUGUGUGAUUCCAGACGUAGAAAGUACGGUCGAAGAUAGAAGACACGAUUUGAGCUCAUAAUGUUAGUUUGGUAGAUUUUGUUGUAGAAUCUUUUCAUAGAAGACCCAAUUUGAGUUCAUGAUCUUUUUAUUGUAUAGAAUUGUUUAUAAACCAAAGUUUAUUGUUACAAUGGUAUGAUUAUCUAUAAUUCCACUCA